AUGGGCAUCCAAAAGACCCUGCCCCCAGGCCUCGACGAGGUCGACGUCAUCAUUGCAGGCGGCGGCACCGCCGGGUGUGUCAUCGCUGCACGCCUCGCCUCAGCCCUGCCCAACCUGCAGAUCCUCCUUCUCGAGCAGGGCCCCAACAACUUCGAGGACCCUUUUAUUGUGAAUCUCGGCCUGUUCUUCGCGCACCUCAUGCCCGACGGCGACAAGGGACUCUUCAACAAGGCCAAUCCAUCCAGACAUGUCAAUGGUCGUGAGCUGACCGUUCUGUCCGGGGGUUGCCUCGGCGGCGGCUCGUCCAUCAAUAUGGGCAUGUACAGCCGUCCGCAGUGGUCUGACUUUGACGGAUGGGGCGUGGAGGGUUGGACGACGGAGGACAUGCUGCGAUGUAUGAAAAAGGUUGAGGAUUACCACGACCCGGAUCCAGAGGGAACGCACGGCACACGAGGGCCCGUCCAAGUAUCUGGCGGGCUAUACCGUGCGAAGCGCGCCGAGGAGGACUUCCUGCGAGCGCUGGAUGAGGUAGGAUGGCCCAUCGUGGAGGAUCUGCAAGACCUGAGAGCCGUCAACUCGUUUGCGCGGGCGAGGAGGAUGGUCUCGCCCGAGGGAAGAAGACAAGAUGCGGCGCAUAAGUACCUGCAUCCAAGGCUCAGUGACCGGGCGCACUCGAACCUCCACGUGCUGGUCGAGACGCAGGCUGUCAAGGUCCUUGUGGAGGAUGGUCAGGCGAAAGGAGUCGUCUUCCGAUCGAACCCCAAGUUUGGAGCGGCCGAUGUCUCGGAGAAGGCAGUCAAGUCCCGAAAGAUGGUUGUCGUCUCCGGAGGCUGCUUUGGGUCACCCACGAUUCUUCAGCGCUCGGGCGUCGGACCCAGAGACGUCCUCUCCAAAGCUGGUGUACCUCUGCUGGUCGAAAACAACGGCGUCGGCGCUGGGUAUGAGGAUCAUCAAGCUAUGGCCUACGGCUACAAGACGAGUCUCGAAAUGGAAGAGACGCUGAAUGGGCUGCUGUUCGGCUUGACUGACAUUGGGGAGCUCCUAAAGAACAAUGACCCCCGUCUUGGGUACAAUGGCCAAGACGUGAAUGGCAAGAUCAGGCCUACGGACGAGGAGGCGGAAACCAUGGGACCAGCAUUCAAAGCAGUUUGGGACGCCCAUUUUCGGGACACGCCCGACAAGCCCCUGGCUGGCCUAUCUCUGAUCAACGGGAUCCCCGGUCUGGCAAAGGACAUCCCACCAGCGUCGUAUCUGGGCCUGUCCGCCUUCUCCAUGUACCCCCUGUCGCGUGGCCAUGUCAACAUCACCGGCCCUGACAUGUGCGACCCAGUCGACUUUGACACUGGGUUCCUCGCAGACAAGGAUGGCAUCGACAUCAAGAAGCACAUCUGGACGUACAAGAAGCAGCGCGAGAUCAUGCGUCGCAUGCCCUGCUACCGAGGCGAGGUCCCCUCAUGGCACCCCCCGUUCCCCGAGACGUCAGACGCUGUCUGUCGGGACGUCACAGACGCGCUUCCUGAUCCCAUCGAGGAUAUCGUCUACACGCGCGAGGACGAGGAGGUGAUUGGCCUACAUGUCCAGGCCAAGGCCGAGACAACGUGGCACUCGAUGGGGACGUGCAAGAUGAAGGCCCAGGAGGAGGGCGGCGCUGUCGAUGGCAAGUUGGGCGUGUACGGCGUCAAAGGCCUCAAGGUCGCUGAUCUGAGUAUCUGUCCGCGCAACGUGUCUGGGAAUACGUGCAUGACGGCUCUGGCUAUCGGUGAGAAUGCGGCGGAUAUCUUCAUCCGGGAGCUUCAGUGA